CCUGUUCCCACCCCUCCUCCCCCGCUCCCCAACAAAAAAUGAAGGAAGCGCGGGUUGGCUACUAGACUGCUUCUUCCCGUUCCUGCGCUCUUCUUGCCUCCUCCCCCACCCGCCGCUAGGCGCCCUGACGCGAUCGCCGGAGAUCUCACGGGUCGGCAGAUGGACUGUGGCGGAGAGCCGCUGCUGGUGAAGAAGGCGCGGUACUACCCGGGGUGCCCCGGGUGCAGGGUGGACCGGCGGAAGGCGGAGCGGGAGGGGUCCUUCCCCUUCACGGAGCUCUUCCUCAUCUGGCUCGUCACCGUCUGCUCCACCUUGCCGAUACAGUCUUUGUUUCCCUUCUUGUAUUUUAUGAUAAGGGACCUGCAUAUUGCUAAAGACGACGAAGAUAUUGGAUUUUAUGCUGGUUUUGUUGGUGCUUCAUAUAUGCUUGGGAGAGCACUCUCCUCUGUAAUAUGGGGAAUCGUGGCUGAUAAGUAUGGGAGGAAACCAGUUAUUGUAAUCACACUUAUAUCAGUAAGUAUCUUCAAUACUAUAUUUGGACUCAGCUCAAGCUAUUGGAUGGCAUUAACCACUAGAGGCCUGCUUGGGUUAUUCUGUGGCAUGCUUGGACCAGUCAAGGCUUAUGCUACAGAAGUAUGUCGAAAAGAAUACAAUCAUAUGGCAUUAGCAGCUGUUUCUUCCUCGCGCGGCAUAGGCCUCGUUGUUGGACCAGCUAUUGGUGGUUAUCUUGCACAGCCAGCAGAUAAAUAUCCAGGCAUAUUCUCUGAGAAGUCCAUAUUUGGGAGGUUUCCAUAUUUUCUCCCCUGCCUAUCUAUAUCGCUCCUUGCAAUUAGUGCUCUAAUCGCCUGCUUCUGGCUUCCGGAAACUUUGCAUAAACACACUGCAGGUACAGUUUUAAACAAUUCAAUUGAAGUAGAAGAAUUUGUUGCUGGUACUGAUGCUCAAGAAAAUGGCGACGCUGGAAGUGGUGGAUGUCUACAGUUAUUCACAAACUGGCCACUCAUGUCAGCUAUCACUGUAUAUUGUAUUUUCUCUCUCCAGGAUGUGGCUUAUGCAGAGGUAUUUCCUCUUUGGGCUGUCAGUGACAGGACAUAUGGUGGAUUAAGCUUUUCUUCUCAAGAUGUGGGCAACGUCCUUGCAAUUUCAGGUGUCUUCCUCCUAAUAUACCAAAUUUUGAUCUAUCCAUCAGUUGCGAAAUCUAUUGAACCCAUCACAUUAGUCCGCACAAUAGCGAUAUUGACUGUACCACUUCUUUCUAGCUAUGCAUUCAUGCCUGCAUUAUCAGGGUUCAUUCUUCAGUUGUUAUUAAAUUGUGCAUCUUUUCUGAAGAAUGCUUUCUCGGUAACUACCAUCACUGUGUUCAGCAUUUUAAUGAAUGAUGCUGUGAGUCAGGAUGUAAGAGCUUCCGCCAAUGGUGUUGCUGUAACACUAAUGUCCAUCGCUAAAACUAUCGCUCCAGCUGCUGCAGGAGCCAUAUUUUUCAUGGGCUCAAAGGCGUCAAAUAGCUUCAUUUCUUCCAGGCGAUCACUUGGUGUUCUUCAUGCUGAACGUGUUCACAGUCAUCGGCCUCGUGCUCACCUUCAGACCGUUUUUUGUCAGAAGCAGCGCGAAGCAUUAGACAUGAAUGAACACUCGGUUCCAUGCCAUCCAGGGGCAAGCAGAUAUUCUUUCGGCACAGCCGAGCCCAGCCUGUAGGAUUCAGGCAAGAAUAGAUAUAACUAUAUAAGUGUACACUGCUGUGCUGUGUUGUGUUGUAAUACUCCAUCUGUUCUUCUUCACUGAAGCCUCAAUGUAUUUGGAGUACGGCACAAGGUACACAUUUGACUGACAGCGACAUUUCCCAGCAUUUUGAGCUGGAAGAACGUUCCGUUGCCGCGAAUAUUGUUCAGAUUUCAUGUGUGUAAUGGAAGAAUCACUCUGCUGGGAGUUAUGACAAUAUAUAUGUUCUGGGAGUUAUGACGAUAUA